UGUUGGAUUUGCAUGAUAACAACCUGAUUGGAUCUAUUCCUUCAAAACUUGGUCAUUUAACCAAUCUGGUUGAGCUUUAUCUAGGUCAUAACCAAUUCAAUGGUUCAGUUCCACCAGAAAUAGGGAGUAUAAAUGGUUUAACUUACUUAGACCUAUCAAAUAACCACAUGCAUGGUGUCACUCCUCAAAGAACUAACCUAGUUAACCCAACUUCGAUAUCUCCAUCUUUCCUCAAACCUAAUUUGUGGUCAAAUACCAUCAACAAUUGGAGUACUUUACAACCUUGAAUAUCUUGAUCUCUCUUAUAACAAACUUAACGGUCCCAUUCCAGCUAGUAUUGGCUAUUGCUCAGAGUUGCAGGUCUUGACAUUGAGCCACAACAGAUUUAAUGGAAGCAUUCCACUAAAGAUUGGCAGUUUACAGUUCUUAGGAUACUUAGAUCUUUCCUACAAUAACUUUUCCGGUAUCAUCCCUGAAUUUAUUAUUACAAUUUUCAACUUGUCAUAUAAUAAUUUGGAAGGCGAAAUCCCUGUUUCCUUGCAACAAAUAAAUGCAUGGCAGCAGCUUAUUGGCAACAGAGGUUUAUGUGGUCAAGUUACAGGUUUUAGUCCUUGCGAUGGACCACCAGCAUCUUCACCUUCACCUUCAAGUUCAAUUUCAACUUCACCUUCAGCUUCACAUUCAAGUUCAAUUUUAACAUUACCUUCACCAUUAAGUUCAACUUCAACUUCACCAUCUACAAGAAGUAACUUGGAAAAGAAAACCCAAAAGAUUGUCAUUCGCUUUAUUACAAUUUUUGUUCCAAUCAUCUCAUUUCUCAUCCUGAUUUUUGGGUUUUGUUUUCUCUUCAAACAUAUGGAUAAAAGAUGUCAACUCCCUACCAAAUCAUCUAAGAGUGGAGAUGUGUGCUCAGUAUGGAAUUUUGAUGGUAGACUUGCAUUUCAAGAUAUAAUUGAUGCAACAGAGGACUUUGACAUCAAAUAUUCCAUUGGAUCUGGAGGUUAUGGCAGUGUUUACAAAGCACAAUUGCCUAGUGGCAAAGUAGUUGCUUUGAAGAAGCUUCAUAAUUCGGAAAUUGAGGAUUUAGCAUCCAUAAAGGUUUUCCGAAAUGAGGCUAACCUGUUGUCCAAAAUACGACAUCGAAACAUUUUGAAACUCUAUGGAUUUUGUUUGCACAAAAAAUGCAUGUUUUUAAUUUAUGAAUACAUGAAGAGUGGAAGCUUAUAUAAUGUUCUACGCAACGUUAGUGAAGCUACUAGAUUGGAUUGGAAUAAGAGAGUGAAUAUAGUCAAGGGUGUUGCACAUGCUUUGUCAUAUUUACAUCAUGACUGCACUCCGUCAAUUAUUCACCGUGACAUAUCAAGCAGCAACAUUCUAUUAAACUCGGAAAUGCAGGCAUUUGUUGGUGACUUUGGGUUGGCUAGACUUCUACAUCCUGACUCCUCCAAUAGAACCAUAUUAGCGGGCACUUAUGGAUAUAUAGCCCCAGGUGAAAAUACUUUGUUACUCUUCUCACAAUUAUCUGUCACUCUUCUAUAUAUAGAAAAAUUUCGCCCAUCAUUAAUUGCUNACGGUGGCUUGACUGGAGAGUGA